AUGGACCAACUCGAGCAGGUGAAGUCUAAGCUUGCAGUAGCAAACCGAGCUACUGACGAGGCAAGGGCUGAGAAGGCCAAGGUUGAGAAGCCUGAUAUAGCUGAAAAGUCUGUUAUGGUUGAGGAGCCUAUUAGAGCUGAAGAGCUUAACGUUGUUGUGUUUGAGGACCUUGAUGUGGUUGAGGAGUGA